AUGAGCAGCGUCGGGCGAAGAAGAAGCAGCAGAAGCGAGAGGCCUCAACAGCGCCCUCGGAACCAACCUCAACCACUGCCUCAGAGCAGCAGCCUAUCCAGCCUGUGGCGCCUGCUGCGGAAGAUCCCAUUCGAGAAGUACCCGACGUCGAGCUCGACUUUGAUGCCGAACCACUCCCAGACGAUCCACUGCUCUCCCAAUAUGCAGACGUGCUCGCCAAAUUCCAGGAAGAGCCCGAGGAAGCCGCACUCAAAGCGCCGGAGAAGCCGGAAGUUUUCUGGGGCGAAGACGACUUGA